CCCCCAUUCCUCUAGUAUUUCUCGCUCUGCUGACAACUCACACGCUAGUACGUGUCUUGCCCGGGACUCUAAGCAGAGAAAGUAAGCCCAAAGCUCUGGAAGCACUGCAACAGUUACUUACGAAGUUACUGUGCUUACUGUUUAGUUUUGCCAUGGAUAAAUACGUUACGGUUACAAAAAUUGGUCAGGAUACGGUCAGAACCAGCACGCCUGCACCCACAACCAGUACCCCAUCGUUGCUGGAUACGUCAGACGUUGCCUUGUCUCAACUUUCUGAAGUGUCCCGGUUGUCUGACGCAGAGCUGGACUCCUCCCAGCUAUCCAUAGAAGGCAUGGAGGAUAAUGAGACUGAGGAGGAUCAGAGGAAGAGGCAGGAGGGCACCCGACAGCUCAAGUCUUUGCUGGAAGACCUUGGAAAGUUCUUUGUCUUUGACUCUUACGUCAAGACAGAGAAAGACACUCAAGAGGGGAAGGUUGUCCACACUGGGAGAGCUCGUUGUCAGGAGAAGACCUGUCUGGAGAAAGGGGGGAAGGCUGCCAGCUACACCUACACCACCAGGAGCAAGGGGAACCUUAAAAAGCAUUAUGAGAAAAUGCACCGUGCCAUGCUUCCGAGUGUCAGGGCGGCCUUUGAAGGGGUGAGCAAGAGAGGCCGUUCCAAGGCCAAAGAGGACGAGCUCCCCGCCAAGAGGGGUGGUCGCCAGCUCUGCAUGGAGGAGUCCUUUAGCUGGAAGGACAGGGUGACCCCAGAGUUGCUUAGGAAGACUUGCACCAGGUAUAGUAAAAGAAACACUUUUAAGUUCUAAUAAUAAUUUGAAUUUCUAAUAAUCAAUAAUUUUUAAAAAUCGAUUUCAGGUGGUUCAUUGACACUAUGAUGCCCUUGAGCCUCAUAGAUCACCCCACCACCAGGCACUUCUUCAGCCUCCUGUCGCCGGAGUUUUCCGCGCCAUCCAGGAGGACCCUGGGGAGAGACAUUGACCAGGCCUGGGCCACUGCCAAGUCGGACCUCUCUAACGCGCUGUAUGAGGCCAGCUACGUCGCCACAACAGCCGACAGCUGGACGGCGCACAACAGGGCCUUCAUUGGCAUGACGUGCCACUGGAUCGGCCAGAAUCUCCGCCGCCAACGUGGCACAUUAGCGUGCAAGGAGAUCAAGGAGAAGCAGACUAAUGUGGUCCUGGCGCAGGCCAUCUAUGACACCCACCAGGAGUUUGGCCUGGGGAACAAGGUGGUAGCCACUACCACGGACAACGGCACCAACUAUGUGGCUGCCUUCAAGUACUUCGGUGCAGGCGAUGUGCCUGUGGAGGGAGAGGAGGAGCAGGAUCCUGAGGUGGUGGUUGGCCAGCCUGCAAACCUGCAUGCCCAGCUGAAGGAGGUGGUUCCUGCUAUGAUUAAGCUGCCCAAACACUACAGAUGUAGUGCACACACCCUCAACCUUAUAGCCACUGCCGACGUCCACUCUGUGCCUGGAUGGAACCAAGGCUUUAGGGCGCCAUUCACAAAGGCUGCUGCAAAAGCCCAGGGGACUUGGAACCUGCAGAACCGCAGUUCUGUGGUGACCAACUCCAUCAAGGAGAAGACUGGGAGGAAGCUGAAAACCUUCUGUGUUACUCGGUGGAACUCCUACUAUGAUGCUAUCCAGAGCCUGAUGGACGUCCUCUCCAACCCAGAGAAGAUGCGGGCGUUGAAUGAGAUCCUCAGCAAGGGAGGGGCGGCGACGUUUAACGAGAUGGAUAAACAUGUUCUCUCUGAGUACCUGAAGGUCAUGCAGCCUGUGGCAGAGUGCCUCGACAGCCUACAAUCCGAGACCAACGCCUACAUGGGCACCUUGAUGCCUGCCUUACAGCUAAUGCAGUUUCAGCUGGAGAGGCUGAAAGUUGACAGGAACCUGCAGUUUGCUCUACCGCUAGUGUCGGCACUACUUGGGAAAGAGGGGAGUGGCAAAGGCUGUUACGGCAGGUUUGCUGACCAGCUUCAGGACGCCGAUAUCCUGAUGGCCACUGCGCUCCACCCCCACUACACCAUGUCCCUGGUGCGGCACUUCAAUCCUGACCAGGCAGCCAACAUCCAGGGCCGUAUCGUCAGGGAGGUGAAGGAAAUUGUGGGCACAGAGCUGGAGAGGCAGCCUGAGGAGAGGAAGGAAAGGGUGGACAAGUUCCACCUUCUGCUCUCCAGUGCCACAGUCCCUGAGGUGAGGUACCAGGAAGAAGUGGAGGAGACAAUUGUAAAAACACUAGAAGACUGGAAAAGGGAGAUGGUGGACAUCCCCCUCAGCCCCAACCUGUUCCCCGCCCGCUACAGGGAUGCCUGGCUGGACCUCUUCAAGAGGUACAACACCCCUCUCCCCAGCUCUGCUGCUGUAGAGAGGCUGUUCAGCUCUGCGGGAGAUAUCUUGCGGGCUAAAAGGUCCAGCCUCAGCAACGUGAACUUCGAGCAGCUGGUGUUUGUAAGGGGCAACAUGCACCUCCUGGACUACAAGGAUGUGGGGCAGCAGCACAUGGAGGAGGAGCAAGACUUGUAAAUUAUAAUGAACUUGUAAACUUGUGAAUCAUU